AUGGGACGCAAGAAGAACCAGAAGGCCAAGGGCGAGGCGACGGACCGCCUACCGCUGUUCGAAGGCGCCGCGACGAGCGAGGUUGGCAUGCCCAGGAAACGCCACUACCGUCAACGCGCACACGCAAACCCGCUUUCCAUCCACCACCUCGCAUACCCUCCUUCGCCCGCAGAGAUGGACUGGUCGACCCAUUUCCCCGCUUUCUUCGAGCCUCCGGCAGCAGAAGGGCAGGGGAGCAAGAAUUUGAAGGGCAAGAAGGUUGAGUUUGCGGACGUUGGAUGCGGAUUCGGCGGUUUGAGCAUCUCGCUUGCCCCGCUCUUCCCCGAGACCCUCAUGCUCGGUCUCGAGAUCCGCGUCCAGGUCACCCAGUACGUCUCCGACAAGAUCCGCGCUCUGCGCCUGAACCCCGGCUCGGUCGACCCCGACAAUGCGGAAGACGUUGCGGCGGCGGCUGCGGAAGGUACUGCAGAGGGGGAGGAUGAGCCCGCGGCGAAGCGGCAGAAGGUCGAGACGAAGGACGCGAAGAAGAGCAAGGUCAGGGGCAUCAAGCCAGAGCUCAUGCCUCCCGAGGGCUACGCGUACGAUAACGUCAGCGUCCUGCGCGCGAACGCGAUGAAAUUCCUGCCCAACUUCUUCGAGAAGGGACAACUUUCCAAGAUCUUCUUCCUCUUCCCCGAUCCUCACUUCAAGGCGCGCAAGCACAAGGCGCGGAUCAUCUCCCCGACUCUCCUUGCCGAGUACGCCUACGUUCUUCGACCCGGCGGCCUCCUCUACACCAUCACCGAUGUCCCCGACUUGCACAUCUGGAUGACUUCGCACAUCGGCGCCUUCCCUCUCUUUCAACGCCUGACCGACGAGGACAUCGACAAUAUCGGCUUGACGAGCGGCGAGGGCGUUGUUGGGUACGAGGGCAGCGAGUUGCAGCGCGAGAGGGAGCGGGCGGUCAUGGAGGCUGUCAAGAAGCGGACAGAGGAGGGAAGGAAGGUUGAGCGGAACCAGGGCGGGAAGGAGUGGAGCGUCUGGCGGAGGUUGCCUGAUCCUGAGUAA